AGGGUUUUCUGGGUCCAGCGAGUAGCGAACCAUCUCCAGAGGUCACCUCAGGCCGCUCGGGGGAAGAGCUGUGCUUAUUGGACCAUGUGCUGCUAUGUAUGCCUGAAGUACUUGAAAUGCAAAUUUGGAGACACUUUGCCAUCUAAAUGCUUGGCUGGAUUAAGCGCCUAAUUAGGAUGGUUUUUCAACAGGUUGGAGUAAGCAUGCAAUCGGUACUUUGGUCUGGGAAGCCAUAUGGUUCAUCUCGAAGUAUCGUAAGGAAAAUUGGUACUAAUUUAUCUCUGAUCCAGUGUCCAAGAGUUCAGUUUCAGCUUACCAGUCCUACUACAGAGUGGAGCCCCAGCCAUCCAGGAGAAGAUGCAGUGGUGUCUUUUGCUGAUGUUGGAUGGGUAGCUAAAGAAGAAGGAGAAUGUUCAACGAGACGAAGGACAGACAUCAGAUCAAGGCAGCCCCUUCAAGAUGACCUUCCAUUCUCUGAGAAGCCGCCAAGCAGACAGUUUUCCUUACCAAGUCUGUCUCCAGAAGAGCCUCAACAGAAGACUGCACUAGCAAAUGAGGAAGCAUUGCAGAAGAUCUGUGCCCUUGAAAAUGAACUUGCUGCUCUCAGGGCACAGAUUGCCAAAAUUGUGACCCUGCAAGAACAGCAAAAUCUCACUGCAGGUGAUUUAGAACCUACCACAUCUGUUGCUGCAGCACCACCCUCUGUCCCCCCACCACCCCCGCCCCUACCCCCAUCAGGACUCCACCAAAGUGUAUCUGCUAUUGACUUGAUAAAAGAGCGAAGAGAGAAAAAAGCUUGUGCUGGAAAGACUCUGGUUAAGAGCAGUCCAAAGAAAUCUGAUAUGCCAAAUAUGCUAGAGAUCCUUAAAGAUAUGAAUAGUGUAAAACUGCGGUCAGUAAAAAGGUCAGAACAGGACAUAAAACCCAAAUCUGUGGAUGCCACUGACCCUGCUACCCUCAUAGCAGAGGCUCUGAAAAAGAAAUUUGCUUAUCGAUAUCGAAGUGAUAGUCAAGGUGAAUCUGAAAAAGGAAUUCCAAAACCUGCAUCUGAGGCCACCUCAGAAACAGUGUUGUUUGGGCCACACAUGUUGAAGUCUACAGGAAAAAUGAAGGCUUUAAUUGAAAAUGUUUCAACUUCCUAAUAGAGAGUGAGCCGAGAAAAACUAUCCUUGUUCCAGCUGUUGGUUGGUUAGGGCUGUUUGGCUAGUAGAAAUCAACAGUAUUUAGUAAAUACCUGAAUUUAGUAUUCAGUGGUAUCCUUUUAAGUCUAAUUAGAUUCAGCAAUAACAAAUGCACCCUAAGUUUGUGGGGUUUUUCCUAUGAGAUUAGUUCUGAAGUUUUCCAUAACGUGUAUUCAGAGGUAACAUGUUUUUAAUGUGUAGUCAUAAUGUUUAGGUUUCUAGGCUUGAAAACAUAGAUUUCAGAAGGACAUUUGUAGAUGUGAGUUUUUAAUUCUUAACACUAAUUUAUCCAUGCAAAUGUUUUAUAUGCAUAUAUUUGGAUAUAACAGUAUGUAAAAUUUAAUAAUGACGUCAGUGAGGGUACUGUUACCAUCAUUAGUUGUCAGUAACCAUUUACUACUCAGUGAUGGAACACAGGUUGUUGGAGUGAAAUAUUUAGGAUUGGAACCUUUUUGCCUUAAUAGGGCUUUUACCUUAGAGUCUCUAUCUCAUUUCCUUGGAAGAUGGGGUUCAAGUAGGGACCAGAUAAUGUUCACUGCUGAAAAUUCCAUAAUGCUUUCGUUUAAAGGGAAGUCAAAGACUAUGAAAGCUGCUUUCACUUCAGUGCUGUUCAGCACUGAGAAAAAAAAAAUUUAGGGUUCAUACAGAUUUAAUUCAAUAAUUUGAUUUAUUAUAACAAGUGAAAACCAGAAUGUACCAUUUUUUUUCCCAGUUGAAUAAAUGGCAUCAUAAAGAUGACUCAUUGCUAAUACUUAAUGGGAAAUGGCAGCAUAAUAGGGUUUUAAAAUUUUUAAUAGUGGUCGAAUACAGUAGCUUUAUAAUGAAACACUGAAUAGGCGAAAGAAUUUCCUGUAAGAAGUUUAUCAUUGGUCAGAGUGCUGUUCUGUCGAACUACAUUAUACAGCAAACCUUAGGUGCUAUUUGGAGAACAGCCUUUCUCAUUGAGAGCUUCUGAGGAAUUGCUGUUAAGUGAUCAUUCGUGAAUGUUUGGUAAAUCUUUAUGGUUUUCUGUAUUUCUGUUAAACUCAGCUAUAGUUAAUGUCAGAAUCUCCUACCAUGAGUAAAUAUUUGGAUUUAUUUAAAUCUAGUAAAAAGAAGUGGAGAUAGACAUUUAAGUUAUUGAAAAUAUGUGCAAUGUUCUCAAUAUUAGCAGAUGUUAUUCAGCUUAAAUUUUGAACUGUGACUUAUUUUACAUAUGCUGAUUACAUUGUUCCUAACUGUUGAUUUAAAAAAAAUUCAGAAACUUUGCCUGAAUUACAUAUUUGGACCUCCUAAGAAAUUUAUAUUUGUAUCAGUAUUGAAUUUGGCCACUGCUCCAAUGGAAGGAAGUUACUGUUUUAAAAUAAAGCAAAUUUACAUUUUCCUUGGAUAA